UUCAACAUAUUUACUAUAUUUAUUAUAUAUAUAUAUAUUUAUUUUCUAGUGGGGGUAGGCCGCGAGUAGAGGUGAGGUAGUAGCUAGUAGGAGCUAGGUAGCUAGUAGCUACAAGAACGCUACUACCUAGGACGCAGGAUAGCUCGCGCUUCUUAAUGAUUUGGUUCCUAGAUUCUUAGGGACUCUUAAGUAUUAGCCCCGAUUAAAACCAUGUUCAGUUUCUACUUUGCAGGCCUACUUGGCACGCUUGCACAGUUAGUUUUUAAAGCAAUUCGACAAUGAUCUAUGAUCUGAGUGUUUGAAUCUGUAGGUAUGUCAGUGCCGCUGGCCUUUGCUUCGCAGCACAUGGACUUUUCGGUGACUUUGCGGGGCUCCCCUUCCGUGGUCAUUCGAGUGGCCGGCUCUGAAGUGAACCUUUUCGCUACGAAAGAAUGCGAAUUUGCAGAGGUUUUACCUUUUCCAUGUGCUCCAGAUCAUUGGCAAGACUUUGUCUCUGUCCAUCUGCCUGGAGCAGGAACCGGAUCGUCGGACAAUCAUGCCUUGGAGAACGAGCUAAGAGCAAAAGGUACCGCUGUGGAGUUUCAUGAAUGCUGCUUGAAGACAGGAGACACAGUGACCCUUGUAGGAGAGCUUUUGAGAUCAGCCAAUGGCGAGCUGACGCUGCAGCCCUUGAGCCGGGAGGUCUCCUGGAAGCGCACAUCUUGGGAAAGAGCGGGGAUCGGAGAGGAGGACAUAUUGGAACUCCUCGAGGAGCAGAUGGCACAGCAGCAGAAACUGCAGAAGCAUCUAGCUCUGCGGCACACGAUGGCUGCCAAGCGGAAUGUUGAUGGACUUCCGGAAUUACCUUUGGCACGAUGGGAGGAGCAACCAACCCUUGGACCAGUUGGGGCUUCUCCAUAUCCGAUGGUUUCGCCAGUAACCAACUUGGUGGCACCUGUGGCAUCAUCCUCGCCCACAUACUGA